AUGCUGAGCUCGCUGAGGUUGUGCCGGGGGACCGCGCGGGCCGCGCCGGGGUUGCGCCGCGGGUUCGCCGCACAGUCGGAGAUCGUCGCGACGCUCCAGGGGAAGAUCAAGGCCCUCGCGGAGAAGAAGGCGCCGAUCUUCCAGAGGUUGAAGAAGGAGCACGGCGACGAUUCGCUCGGCGAGGUCACGGUGAACAUGUGCAUCGGCGGGGCUCGGGGCAUCAAGUGCUUGGUGAGCGAGACCUCGCUGCUCGACCCCAUGGAGGGCAUCCGCUACCGCGGGCGGACGCUGGAGGAGUGCAACCAGCAGCUGCCGAAGGCCAGCGCCACCAGCAAGGUCGGCCUGCCCGAGGCCUCCUUCUGGCUGCUGCUCACCGAUGAGAUCCCGACGGAUGCGGAGGUGAAGGCGCUGAACGAAGAGCUGCACAAGCGCGCCACGCUGCCCGAGAGCACCACCAAGCUGAUCGACUCCCUCCCCAAGGACAUGCACCCCAUGACCCAGCUCUCCAUGGGGUUGCUCUCGCUGCAGCCCACGAGCAGCUUCCAGAAGAACUACAGAUCGGGGACCAUGAAGAAGACCGACUACUGGGUCCACGUGCUGGACGACUCUCUGAGCCUCGUUGCCCAAAUCUCGCCAUUGGCCGCCCGCAUCUUCCGGAACGUGUACUUCGACGGCAAGCACAUUCCCGCCGACCCGAGCCUGGAUUGGGCGGGCAAUUACGCCCACAUGCUUGGGGUCAACAACAGCGAGGCCUUCAAGGAUAUCACCCGCUUGUACCUCAUGCUGCACGCCGACCAUGAAGGUGGAAACGUGUCCGCCCACACCACCCACUUGGUUGGCAGCGCCCUGAGCGACCCCUACCUUUCCUACUCGGCUGGCGUGAACGGUCUCGCGGGGCCCUUGCACGGACUCGCGAAUCAGGAAUGCUUGCGGUGGCUCAAAAACACUCAUGCCACGCUGGGGGGCAAGGAGCCGACGAUCGAUGAGCUCACAAAGUUCGCCAAGGACACGCUGGCGUCCGGCAAGGUGAUCCCCGGAUUCGGCCACGGCGUGCUCCGUAAAACGGACCCGCGUUACAUGAUCCAGCGCGACUUCGCUGAGGCGAACUUCCCUGACGAUCCGCUGUUCAAGCUGGCGAACGCAUGCUACAAGGCCAUUCCUCCCGUGUUGGAGGCCACCGGCAAGGUCAAGAACCCAUGGCCCAACGUCGAUGCGCUUUCCGGAACGUGCAUGCAGUAUUACAAUUUGGACCAGGAAGACUACUACACCGUGGUUUUCGCCGUUUCGCGGUCCCUGGGCUGCAUGUCCAACAUGGUUUGGUCGCGUCUGAUGGGCCUACCCAUCGAGAGGCCGAAGUCUGUGACCGUGGACUGGCUGGUGAACCACGUGGACUGGUCUGGUGAGCCAUUUGGCUCCAAGUGA